AGGUGUGCGCGGGGUGGGUGCUGGUGUCGGGUAUUGACUGGCCGCCACACUCUCGCGGCGGCCACCACUCGCUCCGCACCUCCCGCUCCGCCUCUCCCAGUCACCAUGGCCACCAACGGCGCUGCCACGAACAGUUCCUCCUCCUCCGCUUCGUCCAACAGCGGACAAGCGCUCCCGGAGCAGCAAGCUGGACAGAACAUGAACGCCAUCGUGCAGGUGUUCCCCCCCAUCGUGGAGCUGAACGUGGGGGGCGUAUUCUACACCACGGCCCUCACCACCCUGCAGCGCGUCACCGAGAGCCUCCUCGGUCAAAUGUUCAGCGGCAAGUCCAAGACUCCUGUGCUGCGGGACUCCAAAGGCAAAUUCUUCAUAGACCGUGACGGAGUCCUCUUCAGGUACAUUCUGGACUUUUUGAGGAAUCAGAAACUCGUGUUGCCAGAGAACUUCAGCGAGCGGGAGAGGCUGAAGAAGGAGGCAGACUUCUUCCAGCUACAGGAGAUGCUGGACUCACUCACGCUGCCCAAGUCACUCAGCCCCGUCGACCCGGCGUACUCGGUUCGGACCUCCGUCGGGACCAUCACAGUUAGUUAUCGCGGGACUUUCGCUUUCGGUCGCGAUGGAUUGGCUGAUGUGAAAUUCCGCAAACUGAGCCGAAUCCUGGUGUGUGGCCGAGUGACGCUUUGCCGUGAAGUCUUUGGUGAGACAUUGAAUGAAUCUCGUGAUCCUGAUCGCGGUGCCACAGAUCGCUACACUGCUCGGUUCUUCCUGAAGCACACGUUUCUCGAGCAAGCCUUCGACAUGCUGGUGCUGGCCGGCUACAAGUGCUGCGGCUCGUGCGGCACCAGCACCGCGGGCGGCAUCAUGGUGGACAAGAAGCCCGGCAUGGACAACGAGGAGGACCGAUGGAACCACUACAACGAAUUCGUGUGGGUGAGAGAAUAAUGUGAAGCGGGGGUCAGUGGGGCGGUGUCCAGUGCUACAGCACCGCCCACAGGUGUCAGCAAGUCCCUCUUCUGACGACCCCCAGCUUAGUUAGCGGUCAGGGCAAAGGAAGUUAGCAACACGCGGCUUCCGGCCCACAGUCACCAUGUCGUUAACGCUGCGACAGUAGUGAUGGUGAACUGAGUCUUCUUUUUAUUGGUGACAUCCAAAGUUCGCAACAACUUUAUCUGGCAGUGUUAGUAUGGCUUGUAGAAACAUACAGCUAUAUGCAAAAAAAAAAAAAAGUCAUUGGGAUGAACACGUACCAGAAAAUCGACUUGAAAAGUUGUUAAUUACGGAUGAAAUUGAUGGACCUUGAAAUAUGUAUGCGUCGUGAAAUAUUGGCUUGUAGUGACAACCCAUGUGUCACGUUACUCACGCACGUCGCGGCUGUUGUUCACGACUGUAAAUUAUAUAAUUAUUCUGAUCACAAUCAUGUUCCUGUAAAUAUUCGGUGAGUGAAAACAAAAAAGCUCUGAAAAUAUAUAUCUUAGAAUUUAGUGAUUCAUUUUAUGCGUUGUAAAAAGAUAUAAUGCAUUUCAAACUUCGAGUCAGUGAAAGAUUCCACAUUGAAGUAAUGUCGGUAGUGCUGAGCUGCCCCGCCGCCGAGUGCCACACGCUGGGCCUCGUGUGGCGUGUACCACUCUCGGCACCAGCACGCGGCCCCGCCCCUUGGCCUGCCGCGCCGCACAACACAAAACACCACCAACAUUGCAGGAGUAAAUUCGCACAGACAAUUAAGAGAAGUUUUAGCCCUCCAGUACACGGCCUUUAACCAAUCUUCAUAAUAAAAGAAUAAAGUUACAGUUUCCAUUCCCACUCAGGCUUAAACUUAGCCGAGUGCAUAAAUCAAAACACAGCUGUCCAGUGGCACGUUUGCCUGCCUGUUUCAUGCUUACUUGUGUUGACGUUUGUGUGCUGAUCUCCUCCCCAGCAGGAGCACCGAGCAUCUCAGUGUUUCAGAUUAUCCGAUCCAGUACGGGCUCCCGGGCCUCGCGUGGUCGGGGCCCUGAGGCGUGGCUGCCGGGGACCUCUCGUGUGUGUCUGGGGAGGAGGAUCUCUUUGCUCUCCCGUACAGCUUCAUGUCAGAAGUGUAGUUAGGAUACUUGCCAAAUGAUCCCUUCGAGUGUAUUUUGUGUUACUCGGACAGGUAAUUGGAACAACUGUGAACCUUUCAAGUGAUACAUAUCCCGUCAUCUUGCUCCGCCAACCCGUGCCAGGCAGGAGGUGGCGUCCCAGCCUCUCGCCACCCUCGUCUUCACCUGGCGGCACGCACCCCGCGGGAAGAGGGUGGCGAGGAAGGCUGAGGCAAGUCGGUCGCCUCCCCGCCAGAAAGUCACCAGCACUCUGAAGCUCGAUCAUGGCCUGGAGCUCCCGUGGCGAGUGCGGUUUAAGGCGCGUCUCUCCUGAGACGGGAGUCACAAGGCGGACAAGAUAACAAAAUUCCCGGGACGACCCUCUCCUACACGUGGGUCUUCUGUUCAUCUGGUAAACCUGACAGUGAUUCGAAUUACUGAGG